AUGAACGGAGGAUGCAUCAGCUGGAAAAGCCAGAAACAACGGACGGUCGCGCUAUCUUCAACAGAAGCAGAAUACAUGGCGCUUUCCGAAGCAACCAAAGAAGCAGUAUGGCUCAAGGUGCUUUUGGGGGAACUUGGUGAGAUGACAAGCGACGAAGCGAUCAAGAUGUAUGAAGACAACCAAGGAUCAAUCGCUCUCGCCAAGAACCCGGAGUUCCAUAAGAGAACAAAACACAUCGACAUACGCUACCAUUUUGUGCGUGAGAAGGUGGAAUCAGGUGAAGUCGUUUUGGAGUACUGCACGACUCAAGAUAUGCUGGCGGACAUGAUGACCAAGCCGAUCGCCGCUGUACAAUUUGCAAACAUUCGCGAUCGACUUUGGAUCCAAGGUGCCGCAUCUAACGAGCCGAGAGAGAGUGUUGAAAAGACGGCGGCUGUGAAGAAGACACCUCGUCAAGCUGCGUCAAGUGUUGAAGCAAGCCGAAGACCAAGCUUUAAUAUACCGGUGAGUACCGGUAUGUAUCGGUAA